GGACUUUAGGCACCUUGGCAAUCAUUUGUGCUCAAUUCCCAAUUUCCUUCUGGUCCUUUCAAAAAUGAAUACAAAAAGACAAGAAAAAGUAGGCGAGCUGCUGCCAAACGAUAGCAUUCGUCUGAGCCCGAGUUCAAUCCAAGCCACAGUGUCUUGUCGAAUUGAUAUUAUUGUCAUUAUGAGGCAACACUCCAAUGGUCAAAAAUUUCCGGCACCUGGCUUCACCUCCAGCUCCAAAAACUCCCUUCGGCAAUGCAUUGGACCAUUGAACGGGCGAACCUGUCCCAAGACAAGUAAAGCGUGGCAGGGGCAGAUUGCCCUACCCACAUUGCUGAUGGCUGGUACCUGCUCCACCGGCCGCAGGAGUGCAUCUUCCACUGUGUGCGUGUACCCUUGA